GCUAGCUAGUUACGCAGUAGCAUUUAGGCGUCGGGCAGCUAGUGAAGAUUUGGACCAAUGCCUUAGAAAAGAUCCUUUAUUCUCCUCUCUCUGAUGAAGUGAAUGUCAUCCACUAGCCUCAGUGGGCCCUUUUCUUUGAUAUUAACCCCAAACACCGGUGAUAUCGGUCGACUGGACGUUAUUUUCAGCGGACACAUUUUCCGUCUUUGGCCGACCGAGCUAACAGCUAGCUUAGCUCCGUUAACUGAAGUUAGCCUGUUAGCAUCGGCUGGAUGGAGAGAGAUUCGAUGAAAGAAGCUUAGACUCUGCAUGGCGAAGGACGGGCCUCAGCGGGAGUGAGCAGCCAAUCAGACGAGUCCAUUGGUAGCAGCAUGGCGUCCCGUCAGAGGAACUCGGUGCGGAUCCUGUCGAGCCGGGAGCGUGGCUCUCAGACGUUCGGCUCCCAGCGCCUCCUGCAGCUGCUGGUGGAGGAGAAGGUCCGCUGGAUGAAGUGGCAGAGUCAGAAAGUGGAGCUGCCGGACAGCCCUCGAUCAACCUUCCUGCUGGCAUUCAGCCCAGACAGGACCCUCAUGGCUUCCACACACGUUAACCACAACAUUUAUAUAACGGAGGUGAAGACAGGAAAGUGCCUACAUUCCCUCGUGGGCCACCGUAGAACCCCCUGGUGUGUGACCUUUCAUCCCACUAUCCCUGGCCUGGUGGCCUCUGGGUGCCUUGACGGCGAAGUCCGAAUCUGGGACCUACACGGCGGCAGUGAGAGCUGGUUCACGGAGAGUAACGUGGCCAUCGCCUCGCUGGCCUUCCACCCAACCGCUCAGCUGCUCCUCAUCGCCACCAACAACGAGCUGCACUUCUGGGACUGGAGCCGACCGGAGCCGUUCGCCGUGGUCAAGACGGGCAGCGACACCGAGAGAGUCCGGUUGGUGCGGUUCGAUCCUCUCGGUCACAACCUGCUGACGGCGAUUGUGAAUCCAUCCAAUCAGCAGAACGAGGAGGACUCUGAGGUCCCGAUGGACAGCGUUGAGAUGCCUCACUUCCGCCAGCGCUCCUUCCUGCCCACACCGCCGAUCCGCCGUACUCCCAUCCUCCACAACUUCCUGCACAUCCUUUCGUCUCGCUCUCCGGGGGCUCAGACCGGAGGUGAACAGCCCCGCCCCCUCGGUGACGGUGGCGGCAGUGUUGGGGAAUCUCCCAGCAUGCCUCUGGCUCAGUACCCGGGCUCUGACCGCGGUCCGCCGUUUCCCGGCUGCACUCAGCACCUCGGGAUGGUGUGUCUGUGCAGCCGCUGUUCCAUCAGCCGUAGUCCCGCCCUCUCUGUGAACACAGCCCCCCCUGAGGGGCCCCCUCCCCCCUCAGCCUCCACCUUCUCCUCAGCCCGCACGGAGCCCAGACAGCCGUCAGAGCGACCUUCCGCCUUCACCUCCGUCUACUACAGCGCCGGCUCUUCUAUCAACACCACGGCGCCCAGCAUGGAGCAGCACGCUGCACCCCGGCCCGCCCCCGACUGGACCCGUAACCUGCUGAGUAUGAGAGAGGGCGGGGUCAGCCCCGGGAUGCUUCCUCCUAGGACAUCUUCGUCCUCCAUCAGCCUGUUGUCCGUGCUCCGCCAGCAGGACGGCUCCUCCCAGUCCCCUGUCUACACCUCCGCCACAGAGGGGCGGGGCUUUCCACAGCCGGGGGAGCCAGGGGGGCGGGACGGAGCAGGAACGAGCAGCGGGCACCACCCAUUCUGGGACGGCUCCCGCAGUAACACGGCGUCCUUCAGGAACGUUCUGCAGUGUAACCUUAGUCGUUACUUCAUGGAGUUUGACCGCAUGCAGGACUUGGAGCCUCCGCUAGGGGGCGCCAUGGUGGACGGAGGUCAGGAGCAGAGCCAGGAGCUUCUGAACAACAACAUGGACCCUGACAGACCUGGGCCUUCAUCAUCCUCUUCCUCUUCUCCCACCAUCAUCCACUACCAGCCCCCGCUCCCCCCGCCCCCCUCCUCUCACAGCCUGGAGAACAACGUCCCGCCCCCCGCCGCCCGGGGUCACCUGAACCGCUGCCGAGCCUGUCACAACCUGCUCACCUUUAACCACGACUCUCAGCGCUGGGAACGUACCAACCAGGCCUCCUCCACCUCCGCCUCAGGCCUGGACCCCUCCUCCUCCACCUUCCCCUCCUCUUCAUCUCCAUGGCAACCAGACGACGGCAGGCGGACGCUGGAAGCCCCGCCCACGGAGCGAAGGGGGCCUCCAGAGCCCAACGAGCAGUCUCCGCCCCCCGUAGGUGGAGGACCAGGACCAGUGGCCUUCCCCAUCGCUCCGACCCCGAGCCAGCCCGGGGAGCAGACGGUGGGUCUGGUCUACAACCAGGAAACGGCGCAGUGGGAGCGGGUGUACCGGCAGGCCGCCGCUGGGAGGGCGGCCGAGCCACCGGAGGCCUUAAGCCAAGAAAUGCCUGUUGACCCCCCCGACGAGGACUCGCUGAGGAGGCGACUGUUGGAGUCCUCUCUGCUGUCGUUGUCCCGCUACGACAUGUCAGGAUCCAGAGACCAUCCCAUCUACCCCGACCCAGCCAGAUUGUCUCCAGCUGCUUACUACGCCCAGAGGAUGAUCCAGUAUCUGUCCAGGAGAGACAGCAUCCGUCAGCGCUCUCUCCGCUACCAGCAGAACCGCCUCCGCGCCAUGUCCUCGUCAUCUGACAGCCCCGCCAGUAACCCGUCCAACUCCAUGGACAACAGCGACGUGGACUUUGAGGAGCUGGAUGAUAACGGCGACAGAGCCAGACACAGGACUCCCCGUAACGCCAGGAUGUCUGCUCCCUCUCUGGGUCGCUUCGUCCCACGGCGGUUCCUCCUCCCUGAGUACCUCCCUUACGCUGGAAUCUUUCAUGAGAGAGGGCAGCCCGGCCUGGCCACACACUCCUCAGUCAACAGAGUCCUCGCUGGAGCGUCUAUUGGAGACGGUCAGUCUGCAGUGGCCAGUAACAUCGCUAACACCACGUACCGUCUGCAGUGGUGGGACUUCACCAAAUUCGACCUGCCUGAGAUCAGCAAUGCCUCCAUCAACGUUCUGGUGCCAAACUGUAAAAUCUACAACGAUGCGAGCUGUGACAUCUCUGCAGAUGGGCAGCUGCUCGCCGUUUUCAUUCCCAGCAGCCAGCGGGGUUUUCCAGACGAGGGCAUCCUCGCCAUCUACUCCCUCGCUCCUCACAACCUGGGAGAGAUGCUCUACACCAAGAGAUUCGGACCAAAUGCGAUCUCCGUCAGCCUGUCUCCGAUGGGCUGCUACGUCAUGGUCGGCCUGGCCUCUCGCAGGAUCCUGCUGCAUCCCACCACCGACCACAUGGUGGCGCAAGUCUUCCGUCUGCAGCAGCCUCACGGUGGAGAGACGUCCAUCAGGAUGGUCUUUAACGUGGUCUACCCGAUGGCUCCAGACCAGCGGCGCCACGUCAGCAUCAACUCGGCUCGCUGGCUUCCUGACCCCGGGAUGGGUCUGGCUUAUGGAACCAACAAGGGAGACCUGGUGAUCUGCAGGCCUGUGUUUUACCGGAGUGAUGGCGAGAGCCCCGCCGAGUCCAGCAGCGAGCCUUUAUUCUCCGUCAACAACAGCGGGACGAGCCGGACCCGAGGCACCGACAGACCAGGGCCGAAUCGCUCUGGAUGGAGGCUGGACAGAGACAUGGGUUUGAUGAACGCCAUUGGUCUUCAACCUCGACAUCCCGCCCCCUCAGUGACAUCACAAGGAACCCAAACGCCAAUCAUCCAGCUGCAGAACGCCGAGACCCAAACGGAGAGGGACCUAUCAGAGCCCAGCGUGUCCCAACCACCGACCAAUGUCCCUCCUGAGAUGCCGUCCACCAGUGGGGCGUCUUCAGGGCAGGCGGAGGCGUCUCAGAGCGUUGGAGCUGAUGGAGCAGCGGCUGAAGCUUCAGCAGAGUCCAGCACGUCUACAGGAAGUACUGCAGAGUCUCCCGAGUUCGGCUCCGGCGAGGACGCUCUGGCGAGGAUCCGUCGUCUUAUGGCAGAGGGCGGUAUGACAGCAGUGGUGCAGCGGGAGCAGAGCACCACGAUGGCGUCGAUGGGCGGCUUUGGGAACAACAUCAUCGUCAGCCACCGGAUCCACCGCGGCUCUCAGACGGGCACAGGGGCCUCCAGACCGCCAGCCGACCCCUCGAUGUCCGCCCCCUCCACCUCAGGGCCCCUCCUCAUUCCCCCUGCCCAUACUUCCUCCACUUCAGAGCAGCUGUGGGGCCCCCCGAUGCUGCCGGGCCCCCCGCCGCCCGGCCUCCCUCUGGACAUGGACGACGUGUUCGACGGCGGCCGGACAGACGAUGACUCGCUGCCUGGCCCCUCCUCUUCCUCCCUGCUGAUGUCUUCCCCUUCCUCCUCGUCUUCGUCCUCUCGCAGCCCAGGGGGAGGCGGGGUCAGCCCCCCUGACAGUUACCACGGCGACCCGUACAGCAGGUAGGUGUCCCAAAGCCUUAUCUCUCAAAGACAUGGGUGCUGCUCUGACUCGAACAGGGUCUCCCGCCUGGAAAAAGGGACACAAAGCCCCGCCUCCCCCCUCCUCGUCCCCCUUUGGAGUGUCAGCAGCAUGGGCGUGCACUUCCUCUGCACUUAAACCUGGACUGAAGCUGAACCGCCAUCAUUCCUCGUCUACUUGAACGGAGGCCGGUGGGCGGGCGCCGCGCUCUCUCUGAAAACACGAUGGAGACAAAGUGCCAUGUCAGAGGAGGGGCGUGUGUUUGGUGUGUGCGUGAGAGUUACUGCGGCAUGUGGCAUUUGGUGCCAUGUGACGUUGAACUUUGACGUGAUUGAAGUGUUUCAAGUCAGCACUACUUUUAUUUUGAAGCCUGUUUUUGUAUCCUGUGUAAUUAUGAUGUUUAACUCGGACUCGAAGUCGGACUCGGAUCAUGACCCGCAGUUCAUGGAGGAAGUUACUGCCCCUCCCCCUCCCCCACCACAUGAGGAGAAGGAAUCAUGGCUGAACAGACUGAACUCCCUGCAUGUCUCUAAUGCUGCAGAUCUUCAAAGACGCUGAUUAUUUUAUUUUGAAAGGCUGAAGCGGAGAAGAACAGUUUCCUAAAUCCACCAGUUGCACUAUAGAGAGUUUGGUGCUAGGAAAGAGUGAGUGUGUGUUUCUAUUUGUGUGAGAGUGUGUGAUCGAUCACUGAAACAGAGACUCUGAGGUCAUGACGUCAUGUGAUCAUGUUUGCGACGGACUUUUUAUUCCUGCUUUUGGUCUGUGUGAGGAAGAACAUCGGCUAAAACGGACAACCCUAGAGACUAAGCAACAGAUCGUUUUUAUAUCUGACCUUUAACCAAGACACGAGACAAUGUGGGCCACUAACAUUCUUUUCUCAAGAGCCAACCUUUGAUCCAAUUCUGAGGAAAUGUUCUGAGGAUAAAAUCAAUGAUCUGAUAUCAAAGUGCUAAGGGAAAAACUUUGAUCUCAGGAUUCUGAGUCUGAUCCUAGGAUUCUGACUUUAAUCUCAGAAUUCUGACUUUAAUCUCAG